GCUGCAUCACUGACUGUAAUCAUGAAAUCAACACGUGCUGUUCGUAAAAAAAACUAAAAAACGUGAAUUUACGAAGAAAAUAGCGAAAUAUGAAGUUAAUUUCGUAUAAAAUGGGCUAAUUUCCUCGUUCGCGAUAAAAUACUCGAUCUAAUUUGAAUUUUAACAAGUCCGAAUGUAAAUCAUACCCGGUAUUUUCCCACCGUUUCGACCCUACCGAAAUUUUGGCAAUAAAAGACCAGCGAUCCUGGGUAAGAUAAGGAAAUUGGAUUUUCGCGUGUAUUUUAACAAUAAAAUCCGCGAAUUUUUACAAUUUGUUUUAAAUUAAAAAAGUAUAAUAAAACUCGCGAAGAACGUAGAAUAUGCUAUAGAAAUAGUGAAACCGUCAGUCAGUCACGAUGGAACGUCAAGUAAAAAUCAAAGAUGUCUUUAAACCGGUCUCGGUCCAUAAAGAAUUCUAUACCGGAGGCUCCAUCGCACUCACCAACGAUGGUAAAAAUCUUCUGUGUCAGUGCAGAAAUCACGUUACAGUUGUCGAUAUCGAUCAAGUAUCCAUAAGUCGUACUAUACCGGAUGGUUUAACCACUUAUAACUCUUUCGAAGAAAGCGAUUACACAGACGAUUACAUUUUGACUUUUGCAUUAUCCGAAGAUAACACGUUACUCGCCACCGGUCAUAAAAGCGGUAUUAUUAGUAUAUGGAAUUGGAAAGAGUCUCAGAUGAUCACUUGCUGGAAAUCUGGUCACAAAGGAGUAUUAGCCCAGUUGUGUUUUAAUAAAGAUAACACCCUUAUUGCCAGCGGUGGUACGGAUUCCUGUGUUAAAGUAUGGAACAUAGAAGGCCAUUCUUGCUCUUACAGAUUGGCAGGAAGCUUACGAGGAGUAAUCAGCGUGAUAGUAUUUCGUCAAAUCAAAGAUAAACAGUACAUUUUCGUAUCCAGUGAUGAAUCUUCGAUACGUGGUUGGCUGCUGCAAAGUAAUUCCAAGCAAACUCAGAAAUACCAUUUAAAAGGUCAUUUUAGCCCCGUUACGAGCAUCUUGUUCGACGAUGAUAAUUCUCAUCUGAUCAGCUGUGGUCGAGAUAAAGCUGUAAUAUAUUGGGAUUUAAAAGAAGAAAAAAAGAUACGAACUAUUCCAGUCUACGAAAGCAUCGAAGCUGCAGUCUUGUUACCAAACUGUAUCGAAUUACCCGGAUACGAGAAACCAAUUAUUGGCACAUUUUUGGCCGUAGGAGGCGAUACUGGAAAAUUACGAAUUUUCGACGUAGAAAAAGGAACCGAAUUAUAUUCCAGUUUCGAGGGUGAUUCUGAGAAAAAUAAUCCUUCGAUCGAUCAUUUACUUUAUGAUAGCGAACUACGAUGCUUAUAUAAAGUGAAUUCUAAUCAUAAUAUUACCUCGUAUAUAAUAAGUGAAAAAUUCCCCCAAUGUAAACAAAUGACUGGAUAUUUGGAUGAAAUUCUAGACAUCGCUUUCUUCGGCGAUCACGAUAAUUACUUCGCUGUAGCAGCCAACAGUUGUGAUAUUCACGUUUAUAAUCAGAAUAUGAAUUGUUCCCUAUUGAAAGGCCAUACAGAUUUAGUCGUUUCUUUGGCUACGUCUCGUGGCUUCCCUAACUUACUAGUAUCCGGUUCUAAAGAUAACGCUAUUCGAGUCUGGAUGAUGAAAGACGAUAUAUUGAACUGUGUCGCUGUCGGAUCUCGUCAUACAGCUUCCGUAGGUGCUGUAGCUAUCUCGUUUAAUUCGUCGCUGAGUCCUUUCGUCGUCAGUGGCAGUGAAGAUAACACUUUGAAGCUGUGGAAGUUACCGAAUUUAAAAUACAAAACGUGUCUUACUCUGAACGUAUCGAAAACUGAAAUUGCUCACGAGAAAGCCAUCAAUAGCGUUUGUAUUUCUCCCAACGAUGCCCUCAUUGCUACUGCUUCUCAAGAUAAGACAGCUAAAAUCUGGUCCGCCAAAGAUUUAUCCAUCGUUGGAAUAUUACGAGGUCACCGAAGAGGUGUCUGGUGUGCUAAAUUUUCUCCCGUUGAUCAAGUAUUAUUGACUUCGUCGGCCGAUGCUACGUUGAGACUUUGGGCUAUCUCCGAUUUCAGCUGCUUGAAGACUUUGGAGGGUCAAGAUUGCGCCAUUUUGAACUGCGAUUUCCUCAAUAACGGUAUCCAAAUCAUCAGCAGCGGUAGUGACGGACUUCUGAAAGUAUGGCUGAUAAAAAGUGGAGAAUGUUUGACCACCUUAGACCACCACGCUGCCCGAGUUUGGGCCAUAGCCAUUAGCAAAGACGAAUCGAAAAUCUUGACCGGAGGAGCCGAUUCUAGAAUAGUAUUUUGGCACGAUCAAACCGAAGAAAGUCGUUUGGAGAAUUUACAACAAAGUCAAGAAAAACUCGAACAAGAACAACAGUUAGCUAAUCUAAUCAAAGCCAACGAACUUCUUCCGGCGUUGCAAUUAGCCAUUAAAUUGGACCGACCUAAGCAAGCUUUCAAGAUUUUAGACAGUUUAUCUUCCGGUAAAACGGACGCGUUGAAGAAUUUAAUCGAUCAGCUUCGAGAUGAUCAUAAAGAAACGCUGCUGAAUUACGCGGUUACUUGGAAUACUAACAGUAAACAUUGUUUUAUCGCUCAGCUCGUCAUUUCUCUCAUGCUCGAAGAUAUAGCGGAGAAAAAACUCAAAAUACCUGAUAAAAAUCUAGACGGGUUAAUAGCCUAUACAAUCAGACACAAUCAACGUUUAAACACCCUCAUGGAAGAUCUUCACUUAGUCAAUUACACAUUGAAAAUGAUGCAACCGGCAGCAUCUCAAUAAUUUAUUAUUCUUCUCUCUUGUUGAUUUGUUUCUUUUUCUUCUAUAUUUUUUUGUAUUAUUUUUCUUCUGCUUUUUUUUACGAAUAAAUUUUCGUCUCGUA